AUGACUGAGAAGAUGAAGAUACCUGUGAACGAGAGUCUGGCAGAUUCUGGGUCUGACGAGGCGGAGAAAACCUCCAAGUUUGCAGAUGCCACAUUUUCCGCGGCUGAAGACAAUCGUGGAAAGUACCCCACGGGAUGGAGAUUGAGAUCAAUCAAAGGAAACACGAGCGACUCCAAUAGCCUGGUAGAGGAUAUGGGCUUGAGUCAUCCUACCUGA